GUGGCAGGAACUACACCACCGACAACAAAGAAAACACAAGGCCUUUGGGCCCUAUAGCACCCUUUACACUAUCAGUCCAACCACAACUUCAAAUGGGUGACCAUAACAGCAACAAUAAGGGUAAAAGCAACACACCUCACACCAACAACAACAACAACAACACAGCCAUGCCCCAGACCAACACCAAUAAUGCAACAACAGGAAACAUAGAUGAUGCAACAACAACCAACCCUGAAGUAUCAACUGAUACACAACAUAAUAACCAUAUGGAAACUAACACAGCCUCUACAAUAUCUGCACAAUAUGAAAAUAAUGAUAUCAACACAACCCAGCUAACUCUUCCUAUCACAACUCAGAAAUCUGCUUCAGAAACUCUCAGCAUUUUACAUCAGUAUUUUACAAUCAAAACCAUAUCCAGCAACAUCUUAGAUCUUCCACCUCUCCCAGAGCCCAUCUGGGGAAUAUUCUCUCAACAACAAUGA